CGUCUUUCGGUGAUACCGUAGCGCUCCUUCCUCGUCCUCGGAAGCUUCCCUUGCCUCGCUCCCCUUGGCCCUCUAAGCCUGCCCCGCAUGACGUGGAAGGAGGCAGAGGAAGGGCAGCGGCGGCGCAGAACAAAGGGUGCACCAGACUACGACCGUGCCGAGUACUGGGACGCAAAAUACGCCAACGAAGGCACAGCAGCCCACGCCCACGUCGAAUGGCUGGGCUCCGGCGCCGUCAUGGCCGCCAAGCUCUUUGCGCACCUGCACGCCUGCUGCUCCCAGCGCACGGUCCUUCACAUUGGCCCCGGCACCUCGGGUCUCGUCGAAAGGAUCGAGGGCGAGUAUGGGCGCCGUGCAUGGCCCAUCGACUGCAUCGUCAACGUCGAUUUCUCCAUCGAGGCCGUCUGCCGCGGACAGGUGCAAAACACAGGUUCCCAAUGGGUGCAAGCGGACCUGCGAGACUGGACGAGCGUGCAAACGAGCCUUCUCCCUCUAGUAGAGCGUCACGGGCCCUUUGACGCCAUUGUCGACAAGAGCACCAGCGACAGCAUCUCGACGUCCGGCCCUUGUCCCUCGUCGUGCCACUUGAUCGACGAGCUGGAGCAGCAGCAGGGCCGCGAAAUGGAUCCCGUCGACGUACUUGCCUGCCACUUGGCCGCCCUCACGCGGCCCGGCGCCCGAUGGUUCGUCCAGUCCUACUCUUCCACCCGAUUCGAUCAAGAAGGAGGAAAAGCUGGGUCAGGCACGACGAGGCCGCCGCCGCACUGGACCGUGCUCGAACGCCAGCCGAUCGAGGCACCCCACGAAGGCCCAGGCGCGCCUCCAGUCUAUCAUUGGCUGUACACGCUCGAGCGCUGUUGAGCGAGAAAAAGGAGAAAAGACAUAUCAAACAAUUGUGCUUCGACGCAACUACAUGACAAGAGAGGCAAGGGGGGUGUCCUUUAGAUACCCGCACAUUGUGGAAUAGACAAGAAGGAAAAUGACGCUUGGAUGUAGGUGAGACCUUUGCCGAAAAUUGGAAAGUGCCGGACAUGAGUGGAUGUUGUGAGAAGAAGAAUAAGGUCAAGAGAAUAAGAGAAGACGG